AUGUACCCCAGCAGGGCCAGCAGUAUUUGCAUAGUCCCCCAUGUCCUGGCCUUUGCCUUCCUAGAGGCCCUGGUGGUGUUCAGUUACAUGUCAUGCUGCUUACUGGGCUGUGACCUGCCUCAGUCCCAUAGCCAGGGCAACAGAAGAGCCUUGAUAUUCCUGGGCCAAGUGAGGAAAAUAUCCCAUUUCACCUGCCUAAAAGACGGAAAUGACUAUGAAGCUGUUGUUGGCAAGCAGGUCUAGAAGGCUCAGGUCAUCUCUGUCCUCCAUGAGGUGAACCAGCAGAUCUUGAACCUCUUCUGCAGAAAGGACUUGUCCACUGCUUGGGAACUAAUCCUCCUGGACAAAUUCUGCACUGGCUCCUAUCAACAGCUGAGUGACCUGCAGGCCUGUCUGAUGCAGCAGGUGGGGGUGCAAGAGGCUCCUCUGGUAUUUCAAGACUCCCUACUUCUUGUGAAGAAAUACUUCCAGAGGAUCACUGGCUACCUGAAAGAGAAGAGAUACAGUACCUGUGCUUGGGAGUUGGUCAGAGCAGAACCGUUGAGAGCCUUGUCUUCCUCAGCCAGCUUACUAGAGAGAUUAACAAGUAUUACUAGUGAGCCAUGGCCCAACAUGAAAAUAGUUCCCCUGUAUCUCACUGCACAAUCUCUGUCAUUUAAAGGACUAAUUUCUGAUUCCUUCAGUAAUGAAAUAGAGGAAAUGAUUCUUUGCCCAGAGAUCUCAUUCCUCUUCCAGAUCCCAUUUGAGAUCCUGUAA